AUGACAGAUAUGACAAGGAGCAAGAAAGUCUCAGAUGGAUUGAUUGCUGGUUCGUCAAGCGGUAAAAGAAUAAAGGCCUCACCCUGCCAGCAAGAUUGUGUUCCGGGUGCAUCAACUUAUGCAAAUGGUCAGGCAAACGCAGAGGCCUCACCCUGCCAACAAGGUGGUACUGCUCAAACAGAGGAGUGUUCAGAGCCAAAUCUUCCAGAGGACAUCUGGCAUCAUAUACACUCCUUAAUGCCAUUGAAAGAUGCUGCCAGAGCCGCCUGCCUGUCGCGGUCCUUUCUGUCUUCCUGGAGAUGCCAUUCGAUCCUCAUUUUGAACUGGGAAGCAUUUGGGUUGGACGUAUAUGCGGAUUACAAGGAAACAGCUAGAGCUUUUAGAAACAAAAUUGACCACAUUCUGGAAAACCACUCGGGCACUGGCGUGAGAAUACUGAAACUUCGGUUUGUUCCAAAUGACAAAGCGAAGGACCGUGAUUAUAUCGACAAAUGGCUUCAUAAGGCUGUUAAACCAGGAAUUGAAGAACUCACCCUUACUAUUAUGGCUAUGAGCAACAAACGCAAAUACGAGUUCCCGUGCACACUUAUAUCAAAUGGGCUGGGAAACUCGCUCCGGUGUCUUUACCUUUCCGAUUGUUCCUUUCAUCCUAUGGCUGGGCACUGUGGCUUGAGUAGCCUGACAAAACUAGAGCUGUUAAGGGUGGGUAUUACAGGGGACGAGCUAAGCUGCCUUGUUUCCAGUUCUGCAGCUUUAGAGCAGGUUUUACUCAGGGAUUGCAGUAAGGUAGACUGCUUGAGGAUACCUUGCCAUCUUGAGCGGUUAAGCCACUUGAAGGUGUUACGUUGCAGCGAGCUGCGGUUGAUAGAGAGCAGAGCUCCAAAUCUCUCCAGUUUUCAGUUUAAAGGUAACCUCAAAGUUCGAGUCUCACUCGGAGAAGCAUUGCAAGUGAAGAACUUACUAGUGAACAGCACCGAAUUGAUCUGUUACACUCGAGCAGAGCUGGUGUCCAGCACGUCAAGCAGGGAGAUGGUCUCACCAACGUUACCUAUUAAACUUGCUGGCCUGAAUUCUCUGAGUAUCUAUCUUGAAGAUUUGCUCUUUGGUCGGAUCUUUGAUUGUUCUUCUCUGGCUUCUAUCUUUGGUGCUUCUCUUUCAUUGGAGACUUUCAUCUCGCAUGUAUCCAAUGAACUAAUGCAGCAUGUGCUAGUUUUCGAGGGCGUUGUGUCCCCAAGGAAUAAGAGUCUUGUUGAGCUAGCCUGUCAUGUUCUCAGGGCCUGGUUGAGCUAA